ACCCACCCAUCACACACGCAAAACCACCGUCGUAUCUAUUGCUGUAUCAAAGCGGAGACGCCAAGCCAGAGUCGACGAUUCGAUUAAACAAGGAAGAGGAAGAGGAGAGAGAGAGAGAGAUUGGAGUGGCAUUAGCGCGAGGGGGAGGCGGGCAUGGGGGUGCUGCGGAGCACGCAGAGCAUGGAGGCGGAGGUGGAGGAGAUGCGCGCCGCGCUAGCGCUCGCGCCGCUCGGCCGCCACGGCGCGUGGAGGUCGGGGGCCGCGGCGAAGCGGGAGGCCGGGGCGGAGGAGGGCGCGGCGCCCGAGGCCCGCACCGUGUGCGUCACCGGCGGGAUAUCGUUCGUGGGGCUCGCCGUCGUCGACCGCCUCCUCCGGCACGGCUACGCCGUCAGGCUCGCCCUCGAGACGCAAGAGGAUCUGGACAAGCUGCGAGAGAUGGAGAUGUUUGGUGAGAACGGCAGGGACGGUGUCUGGACCGUGAUGGCAAAUGUAAUGGACCCAGAGAGCUUGAACCAAGCAUUCAAUGGUUGUGUUGGUGUCUUCCACACAUCAUCCCUCAUUGAUCCAGGGGGCAUCUCUGGCUACACGAAACACAUGGCGAUUCUGGAAGCCAGAGCGGCCGAGCAGGUUGUUGAAGCCUGUGUCAGGACAGAGUCAGUGAGGAAGUGUGUGUUCACCUCAUCGCUACUGGCAUGCGUGUGGAGGCAAAGCUACCCUCAUCACCGUCGUCGCUUCCCCGCCAUCAUCGACGAGAGCUGUUGGAGCGACGAGAGCUUCUGCCGCGAUAACAAGCUGUGGUUUGCGCUCGGGAAGACGAUGGCGGAGAAGGCGGCGUGGAGGGCAGCACGGGGCAGAGACCUGAAGCUCGUGACGAUUUGCCCGGCGCUGGUCACCGGCCCAGGAUUCCGCCGGCGAAACUCCACUCCGUCCAUCGCCUACCUCAAAGGAGCGCACGCGAUGCUGGCGGAGGGCCUGCUUGCGACGGCGGACGUGGAGAGGGUGGCCGAGGCGCACGUCCGCGUCUACGAGGCGAUGAGCGGCGGCGGCGCGGCCGGCGGCCGGUACAUCUGCUACGACCACGUCGUCCGGCGCGGCGAGGAGUUCGCCGAGCUGCAGCGGCAGCUCGGCCUCCCGAUCACCGGCGUGGCAGCUGCCUCGCGGCCCGGCUACUCCGACGACGGCGACGUCGGCGGCGACGGGCGGUUCGCGCUCUGCAACGGGAAGCUGGCGAGGCUGGUGUCCUCGCGGAGGAGGUGCACCUAUGACGUCUACUACCCCGCCUCGUACGACUAAAAAUUAAAUGAAAGCGUCGAGUUCGUGGGUGUUGCGAUUCAUCUUGUACAGAAUUUUGGUGCGUUAAUAAACCUAGCUAGAUAGAACUUGUACAGUACAAAACAUGAAUAUGGAUAGAAAUUAGAAGUAGUAGAAGAGCGAUGAGCAAACGCCACAGUGCGGCCGGAAGAUUGCGGAGAAAGACAGCGAUCUGCAGACCAUCCAAAGUCGAUGACUCCAACGAGCCAAACCAAAAUUUUGUUCGUCACGUCUCGUAGAAAAAGCCAAGAAAGAAUCCGAAGAUCGGAGAUAAGGCCAAAAUUUUGUCAAAUGAUUUUGACCAAGUGUAUUUGGAUGGAAUACUCUCAAAAUCAAUGGUCUAGUGGUUCAGUUCGUCU